GUACUCGCGGAAGAGCAUCCGGAUGGCGCUGACGACCUUCCUUCAGUAAAUGGCAGUGCAGGUUCAGAUUCUUCAGAAGAGAGCCUAUUGGACGAUGAUUGCCCCAGCGAUACCACCACCGAUUCCGACGGAGAUGAUACUCCGGCUACUGAUAGCGGCGAUACUGCUUCUGCUGGUUACGCCUCUCCUGAGAACGAGCGAUGGGAGCCAGAAGCCUUCUGUACCAUACGUGGAGAUAUUGACGAUGUGCUGGCAACUUAUCUGGUGGAUAAGCCCUUCUUAUAUCGAGUGAAGAGUAGCAAGGAGCAUCGUGGACGCCAGGAACUGCACCGUAGACGCCACUCUAACGCUGAUCCUAUCCGCGAAUCUGCCCGCGCAACCCGGCGUCAAGCUACCUGGCGGGGUUGGCCCGAUGAUCUCUGUCCUGUGAACCACAUCUUAGUCGUCCAGCGUGGCCUCAAGCAAAAUCACAAAGCCUUCUUCUACGGUCAUAAGGCUUGCGGUAGGUCUGCAAGCGAGUGGCGUGGACACGAUUAUUAG